AAAGCAACGUCACUGACGAACAGUAAACAAAAGUAGUGCUAAAUAUAAACUGGACGGAAAUCAAAACAACAGGAUGGACGAAUGCAAAGAGAAGACGUCGAAGGUGGUUCUUCAGAAAAAGAUCACGCUUUUUAACGGGAUCUGUAUGAUCGUAGGAGGGAUCAUCGGCGGCGGGAUCUUCAUCUCCCCCAAAGGUGUGCUCGCCGGGAGCGGUUCUAUCGGGGUGUCGCUGAUCGUGUGGGCGGCUUGCGGUGUCUUCUCCAUCGCCGGGUCUCUCUGCUACCUCGAGCUGGGCCUCUCAGUCCCCAAGUCCGGAGCUGGGUACGUCUACAUCCUGGACGGGUUAGGAGAGCUCCCAGCCUUCUUGUUCCUCUGGGUGGAGUUUUUGAUCAGGAACCCGACCUCGGAGGCCAUCUCUGCGCUGACGUUCGCCUCGUACGUCGCACAACCGUUCUUCCCCCACUGUGAGGCGCCACAGAGACUGAAGACCAUCAUUGCUGCUCUAUGUCUCAGUAAGUUUUUUUAUUGCGUCCUGAUCUUCAUUAACUGUGCCAAGGUCCGCUGGGGAACCCGGGUUAUUGACCUGUUCACCGUCACCAAGCUGUUCGCACUGGCUAUCAUCAUUGUGGCAGGCUUCGUGUCGUUAGGCAUUGGUAAGACGGAAUACUGGGAGGGCACAUUCGCUGGGACGACAACAGUAGGAGGUAUUGCACAGGCGCUGUAUUCAGGACUCUAUGCGUAUUCUGGAUGGGACGGGCUAAACUUUGUGACUGAGGAGCUGCGAGACCCAGUCAGAAACAUGCCGCGGGCGAUUUUUGGCGGGUUAGGGUUGGUGAUGCUGAUCUACAUGCUGACGAACGUCUCCUACUACACCGUUCUGAGCAGCACGGAGAUACUGGCGGUAGAUGCCGUGGCAGUGGAGUUCGCCAGAAGGAUGCUGGGAGUCAUGGCCUGGUGCAUCCCUGUGUUUGUCGCCAUGUCCACCUUCGGUUCUCUCAAUUCCACCAUUUUCAAGUCAGCCAGAAUGUACUAUGUGGGAGGUCGUGAAGGUCACCUACCUGUCUUCAUCUCCAUGAUCCACGUCUCCAGACUGACGCCACUUCCGGCCGUACUGGCAAAUGGUUUUCUUGCGAUGGUCAUCCUCCUGUUCGGUGACCUGUACACACUGAUUACGUACUACGCCUUUAUCCGGUGGACCGGGGUGGGGGCCGCCGUGGCCUCCUUACUUAUCCUGCGGUGGAGGAAGCCAGAUCUCCCAAGGCCAUUUAAGACACCCCUGAUUUUUCCGAUCCUGUUCUUCCUGGCCUGUGUGUUCCUGGUGGUGAUGCAGUUUUACACCAACCCGUACAACCCGCUCAUCGGCAUCGCACUGUCCCUCACCGGCCUGCCGUUCUACUUCCUCUGCGUCCGGCGUACGGACAAGCCGGCGGUAGUGGAGAUGGUCUAUGGUGCGUUCCUUCGUCGUUUUCAGCAGCUGUUCCAGGUGUGCCUUCCUGAUCGCGACAAGCCACCAGAGUUAUAAGGAGCCGCGGUCGGGAGGGGUCUUUUCACAAAGUUCGCUGGUAUGCACAGAUGGGUGGUGAGC